AUGGUAUUCACGUAUGUCAUCGAGCAUAUGGAGGAAGACGAAGAAACUAGUAGAGCCAUUCCAAGGUGGGUCGAAUUGGAGUACGCGCAUAUGCGCACACUAGCAGGCCCGAGGGGAAAUAUCCACUUUACUCAUUUAUCCCAGUCGUCGUGCAGCACCCUAUCGACCCUGUUUUCUCAGUGCAUUGGCGAUGCAUUGGCUCCUGCACUGGCCCAUACCGUCUCAUUAUUGGAGCUUAUGGAACAAUCAGGUAUAUCUAAGGAACAGGUUUGUCUCUUGGAUCCAAAAGCCAAAAAUGAAUUAUCCCCCGAAGAUGGGGAUGGUCGAUUCGCGUGGUUCCUCUUUGGUGGCAUACUCGGUGAUGAUCCACCCCGCGACAGAACGUCGGAGCUCCGGAUCCUGGGGUUUCCGAAUAGGCAUUUGGGACCAGUACAAAUGACAACUGACACGGCACUUGGUGUCACCAAGCUUGUCGUGGAGGACAAAGCAACGCUGUCUCAAAUUCAUUACAUCGACCAUCCCACAAUUAAGUUCAAUCCCAAGGAGAGUGUCGAAAUGCCGUUUCGAUAUAUCGCAGAGGGGCAACAGCCCAAACUACCUCCCGGCAUGCGCGAACAUCUACAUGAAGACUUAAACAAAAGCUUUGAAUUCUGA